AUGAAGUUCUCCUCCGUCCUCGCGGGCGCUGUUCUCGCGGGUUCGGCCUUCGCUGAUCUGAACCCCAUCGUCAUCAAGGGCUCCAAAUUUUUCGUAGAAGCUACCGGCGACGAAUUUUUCUUCAAGGGCGUUGCAUACCAAGAGGAUAUCUCCUCGAAUGGCACCACCAGCAAGAACUCUCACUACAAAGACCCUCUUGCCAACUCCGAUAAUUGCAAACGCGACAUUCCAUUCCUGAAAGAGCUGGGGACGAACGUCAUCAGAGUCUAUGCCAUCGACCCCGAAGCUGACCACAAGGAUUGCAUGCAGAUGCUUCAGGAUGCUGGCAUCUACGUGGUCGCUGACCUGUCUGAACCCAAUACAUCCAUCAACCGUGAUGACCCGAAAUGGGACGUCGAACUUUACGCUAGGUACAUGGCCGUCGUCGACGUGCUUGCGCCUUGGUCAAACACUUUGGGCUUCUUCGCCGGCAACGAAGUUUCCAACCAGCAGUCCAACACCAAUGCUAGUGCAUUCGUCAAGGCUGCCGUUCGCGACACCAAGUCCUACAUCAAGCAGAAGGGCUACCGUCCUAUGGGUGUCGGUUAUGCGACUAAUGACGAUGCUGACAUCCGCGACGAUAUGGCUGAUUACUUCAACUGCAAGAGCAGGGAUGAGUCUAUUGAUUUCUGGGGUUACAACAUCUAUUCGUGGUGUGGUGACUCUAGCUACAAGGAGUCCGGAUACGAUAAGGUUGUCGCGGAGUUCUCGACCUACUCUGUCCCAGUCUUUUUCGCUGAGUACGGUUGCAACGAGGUCCGCCCACGCAUAUUCACUGAGGUCAAAGCUCUGUACGGCCCUCAGAUGACACCUGUUGUCAGUGGAGGUAUCGUGUACAUGUAUUUCCAGGAGGAAAACAACUACGGUCUGGUCAAUGUCAACGGCGACAACGUCAAACCCCGUGUUGACUACAACAAUCUCAAGAAGCAAAUUAGUGGUGUUAACCCCAAGGGCGUCAGCAUGAAUGAUUACAAAGUCGAGAACCUCCAACUCCGGAAAUGUCCCGCCACCGGCAGUGCAUGGCAAUCUAGCGCCACCCUUCCACCUGUCCCCAACAAGCAACUCUGCCAGUGCAUGGUCAAUUCCCUCUCGUGCGUCGCCAAGUCCUCGGUCGAUGAUGAGGAUCUCGGUAAGUAUUUCGGCACUGUAUGCGGUCUCGGCAAAGGUGUCUGCGAUGGCAUCGCCUCGAAACCCGAAGAUGGUGUAUAUGGCGCAUAUAGCAUGUGCGAUCCACGCGACCAGCUCUCGUUUGCCUUUAACACCUACUUCCUGCAGCAGAAUGGCGCCAGUGACGCUUGCGAUUUCAAGGGUGCCGCGGAGCUGCAGGAUAGCAAGAAGCCGACGGGCACCUGUGCCGAUUUGCUGAAGCAAGCCGGCACGGAUGGCAAGGGCACUGUCACCUCUGCACCCAACACCGGACCGAGCUCGACCACGUCAUCCGCUGCCAUUUCCACGACGAUUCCAGCGUUCAAUAUGGGAUUGCUCAGCGUGGGUGCGUAUGUUGUCUGCGGUGUUUUGGCUGGGUUUGGCAUUGUGUUGUUGUAAAGAGAGUGUGUUGUACUUUGCGUCUGUGUGUUUGUUUGUACUGUACUGUAUUGCGUUGGACUCCAUGGUUGCUGGCUGGGUUCUUUUUUUUUUUUUUUUGGAUUGAUUAGAUAGAAGAGAAUUGUGGCGAAGAUGUAACCUUUUCCCCCUUAAACAUUACAUACCUACCUUUAACAAAACAUGUACAUGUGCCUCCUUUGUCUGUCUUACCUCUUUUUUACCUCCUUCCUUUCUUUUACGUUGGCCUGGGGAACUUGGGUGAUGGUUAGCUUUCUUUGUCUUGCUUUUCGGAAUAGCAAAGACGCUGUUUCUUGGUUUUUUUUUUUUUUUUUUUUCCUUUUCUUUUCUCUCCAUUUUAAUGCUCACUGAUGUUUGUUGUAACUAGCCAUAUAUAAUAUUUUCCCCU